UUGCGAUACUCAUCUCAUUGUUUGUGACACACAUGUUAGUUAUUCUAUUAAAAAAAUACAAAAUAUUUUCGGUCGGUAUACACAAAUUUAAUGUAUUUAAUGUACAUACAUAAACUUGGACGAAUACAAUUGUUGAAAAAGUUAAAAUAUCAUAAAACUAUUUUUUUUUUAAAUCAUAACUUUGACUGAGGGUUGAACCUAGUAAAAAUAUUAUAAUUACUAGUUUAAAGAAUUCAAACAUUGUUGAAUUAAAAAAAAAAAGUCAGCCUAAAAAAGAAAGAAACUGCCGUUUAUUUAUUGGGCCUCCCGUUUCCUUUUUUCUUGGGGGAAAAAUAUUUUUUUUUGGGGUCAACAAACGAGAAUAAUAUUAAAUGAUAUAUUCCAUUUUACUUGGGCGCUACUCCAAUUUUUCCUCUUAGCUGUCUUUCCUUACUUUGCUUUAGGUGUGUGUGUCUCCGCCAGCUUCUCUAUAACCUAAAAGCGUAGCCUUUAUAGUUUCCUUUCUUUGCAUUCACAUUCGCACAGCCUCCUCUCUUCCAAUAUUCUUGUAAAGCUCUCUCCUUUAUAUAUUCUGGAGAACCAGAAGGCUGAUAAAAAUUUGCUGAAACAUCAUCAUGAGUUCCCAUAGCUUCUCCAAGAGAGCUUACAGCUUCUUCAAAACUUACCCUUCUGCUGCCAAGCUCCUUCUCCUCAGUACCUGCAGCGGUGGAGGUUUACUAGUGUACUCAGACUCGAAUCCACUGAAGCGAACAUUAACCGCAGAUGGCCAAGAAACCAAGAAGAAGAAGGUGGUCGUUCUCGGGAGCGGCUGGGGCGGCUACAGCUUCUUGAGCUACCUAAACAACCCCAACUACGACGUCCAAGUCGUCUCUCCUCGCAACUUCUUCCUCUUCACUCCUCUCCUGCCGAGCGUCACCAACGGCACCGUAGAAGCCCGAAGCAUCGUGGAGCCCAUCCGCGGCCUUAUGCGCAAGAAAGGGUUCGAGUACACCGAGGCAGAGUGCGUCAAGAUCGAUGCAUCUAACAAGAAGAUCCUCUGCAGGUCCAAGGACGGUGCCUCUAAGGACGCAAAGGAGUUUGACAUGGACUACGACAUUCUAGUGGUAGCUGUUGGUGCCAAGCCUAACACGUUCAACACCCCUGGAGUUGAGGAAAAUGCUCAUUUUUUAAAGGAAGCUGAGGAUGCUCUCAAGAUUCGUCAAACGGUUAUCAACUCUUUUGAGAGAGCGUCUCUUCCUGAUUUAACCGAAGAAGAGAGGAAAAAGAUUCUGCAUUUCGUUGUGGUUGGUGGUGGACCCACCGGUGUCGAGUUCUCAGCCGAGCUUCAUGACUUCUUGGUCGAGGACGUGGCUAAAAUAUACCCGAAGGUGCAAGAGUUUACGAGGAUCACUCUUCUUGAAGCAGGAGACCACAUUCUCAACAUGUUUGAUAAGAGGAUCACUGCUUUUGCUGAGGAGAAGUUCCAGAGAGACGGGAUCGAUUUGAAGACGAAGAACAUGGUUGUGGGAGUGACUGCUGAUGAGAUAUCCACAAAGGAGAUAGCAACUGGUAGAAUUGUCUCUGAGCCUUAUGGUAUGGUUGUGUGGUCUACGGGGAUUGGGAUACGUCCUGUCAUCAAGGAGUUUAUGCAUCAGAUUGGUCAGGGUCAGAGGCGUGUCUUGGCGACUGAUGAGUGGCUUAGAGUGGAGGGAUGUGACAGUGUCUAUGCUUUGGGUGAUACUGCAACCAUUAACCAACGCAGAGUCAUGGAAGAUAUAGCUGCAAUUUUCAGCAAAGCAGACAAGGGAGAGACGGGAACGUUGAACAAGAAAGAGUUCAAAACCGUGGUGAAAGACAUCUGCCAGAGGUACCCUCAGGUUGAGCUUUACUUGAAGAAGAAGAAACUGAGGAACAUUGCAAACUUGCUCAAGAGUGCGAACGGCGAUGACACUGAGGUUAACAUCGAGACGUUUAAGCAAGCACUCUCAGAGGUGGAUACUCAGAUGAAAAAUCUUCCAGCAACUGCACAGGUUGCGUCACAACAAGGUAAGUAUCUUGCGAAGUGCUUCAACAAAAUGGAGAAGUGUGAGAAGAAGCCAGAGGGUCCAUUGAGGUUCAGAGGAGAAGGUAGGCACAGGUUCCAGCCGUUUAGGUACAGACAUUUUGGAUCGUUUGCUCCGUUGGGAGGGGAACAGACAGCGGCUGAACUGCCAGGGGAUUGGGUCUCUAUUGGUCAUAGUAGCCAGUGGCUUUGGUACUCUGUCUACGCUAGCAAACUGGUGAGCUGGCGCACAAGGUCGCUGGUGGUGUCUGACUGGGUUCGACGCUUUAUCUUUGGCCGUGACUCUAGCAGCAUCUAAGCUUUUUCUUUUUUGCUUCUCUCCAAACUUUUUUGUUUCUCCUUCAAGAUUUUGCAUGAUGUCCUAAAUGUUCUUUUACUGUUUUUUUUUGGGAGCUCAUGAUUAUUACAAUGUCACAAACUUAAGAUGACAAGUGGAAUCCAUGUCUUAGCAUUAAGCAUCUGAACACAAUCUUGUCGUAAAUAAUGAUUCAAACAGAGAGUUCUCACACUAA